AUGAACAGAGUGUGGAGAGCAUUGCUGAGGUUUUUCGAUGUUUCAUUUGUAUGGAGAAAUUGCGGGAUGCUCGCCUGUGUCCUCAUUGCUCCAAGCUUUGUUGUUUCAGUUGUAUUAGGUGCUCCACUCCAGCUACGAGAAUUGGUAAAUUGUCGUUGGGCAGAAGAAGUAACACAGCAGCUCGAUACUCUUCAACUGUGCAAUCUCACCAAACAUGAAGAAAAUGAAAAAGACAAAUGUGAAAAUCAUCAUGAAAAACUUAGUGUAUUUUGCUGGACUUGUAAGAAGUGUAUCUGCCAUCAGUGUGCACUUUGGGGAGGAAUGCAUGGUGGACAUACCUUUAAACCUUUGGCGGAAAUUUAUGAACAGCAUGUCACUAAAGUGAAUGAAGAGGUAGCCAAACUUCGCCGACGUCUCAUGGAACUCAUCAGUUUAGUUCAAGAAGUGGAAAGAAAUGUAGAAGCUGUAAGAAAUGCCAAAGAUGAACGUGUUCGGGAAAUUAGGAAUGCAGUAGAGAUGAUGAUUGCACGCUUAGAUACACAGCUGAAAAAUAAGCUCAUAACACUGAUGGGUCAGAAGACAUCUCUAACUCAAGAAACGGAGCUGUUGGAAUCAUUACUUCAGGAGGUGGAGCACCAGCUACGGUCUUGUAGUAAGAGUGAGCUGAUAUCUAAGAGCUCAGAGAUACUAAUGAUGUUUCAGCAAGUCCAUCGAAAACCCAUGGCAUCCUUUGUUACCACUCCUGUCCCACCAGACUUUACCAGUGAAUUAGUACCAUCUUAUGAUUCAGCUACCUUUGUUUUAGAGAACUUCAGCACUUUGCGCCAGAGAGCAGAUCCUGUUUAUAGCCCACCUCUUCAAGUUUCAGGACUUUGUUGGAGGUUAAAAGUUUAUCCAGAUGGAAAUGGAGUUGUGCGUGGUUAUUACUUAUCUGUAUUUCUGGAACUCUCAGCUGGCUUACCUGAAACUUCCAAGUAUGAAUAUCGUGUAGAGAUGGUUCAUCAGUCCUGCAAUGAUCCUACCAAAAAUAUCAUUCGAGAAUUUGCAUCUGACUUUGAAGUUGGAGAAUGUUGGGGCUAUAAUAGAUUUUUCCGUUUGGACUUACUUGCUAAUGAAGGAUACUUGAAUCGACAAAAUGAUACUGUGAUUUUAAGGUUUCAGGUACGUUCACCAACUUUCUUUCAAAAAUGUCGAGACCAGCAUUGGUAUAUUACUCAAUUAGAAGUCGCACAAACUAGUUAUAUCCAGCAAAUAAACAAUCUUAAAGAGAGACUUACCAUUGAGCUCUCUCGAACUCAGAAAUCAAGAGAUUUGUCACCACCAGAUAAUCAUCUUAGCCCCCAAAAUGAUGAUAUUCCUGAAACACGAGCUAAGAAAUCUGGGACCUGCUCUGACAUGCUUCUGGAAGGUGGUCCUUCUUCAGCUUCUGUAAGAGAAGCCAAAGAAGAUGAAGACGAUGAGGAGAAGAUUCAGAAUGAAGAUUAUCAUCAUGAGCUUUCAGAUGGCGACCUGGAUCUGGAUCUUGUUGGGGAAGAUGAAGCAAACCACUUGGAUGGCAGCAGUUCCUCUGCCAGCUCCACAGCAACAAGCAACACAGAAGAAAAUGAUAUUGACGAAGAAACUAUGUCUGGAGAAAAUGAUGUAGAAUAUAACAGCAUGGAAUUGGAAGAGGGAGAGCUUAUGGAAGAUGCAGCUGCAGCAGGACCUCCAGGUAGUAGCCAUGGCUAUGUGGGUCCUAGUAGCAGAAUGUCAAGAAGAGCGCAUUUGUGCUCUGCUGCUACCAGUAGUUUACUAGACAUUGAUCCUUUAAUUCUGAUACAUUUGUUGGACCUUAAGGACCGGAGUAGUAUGGAAAAUUUGUGGGGUUUACAGCCUCGCCCACCUGCUUCUCUUUUGCAGCCCACAGCAUCAUAUUCUAGAAAAGAUAAAGACCAAAGGAAGCAGCAGGCGAUGUGGCGAGUGCCCUCUGAUUUAAAGAUGCUUAAACGGCUCAAAACUCAAAUGGCAGAAGUUCGAUGUAUGAAAGCUGAUGUGAAGAAUACACUUUCAGAAAUAAAAAGCAGUGUUGCCUCUGGAGACAUGCAGACAAACCUAUUUUGUUCUGACCAGGCAGCUGUGGCUGCAUGUGGAACUGAAAACUCUGGCAGAUUGCAGGAUUUGGGAAUGGAGCUUCUAGCAAAAUCAUCAGUUGCCAGUUAUUACGUACGAAACCCCACAAAUAAGAAGAAUAAUUCACCCAAGCCAGCUCGUUCCAGUAUAGCAGGGAGUCUGUCACUUCGAAGAGCAGUAGACUCUGGGGAGAACAGUCGUUCAAAGGGAGACUGCCAAACUUUGUCUGAAGGUUCCCCUGGAAGCUCUCAGUCUGGGAGCAGACACAAUUCUCCCCUAGCCUUGACACAUGGUAUCAUUGGUGAUAUCAUGGCCAAGAGUGAAGACCGGCAGUGUAAGGCUUUGGAUUCAGAUGCUGUGGUGGUAGCAGUUUUCAGUGGCUUGCCUACUGCUGAGAAAAGGAGGAAAAUGGUCACUGUGGGGGCUAAUGCUAAAGGAGGUCGUCUGGAAGGAAUGCAGAUGUCUGAUUUGGAAAAUAAUUCUGAAACUGGGGAGUUACAACCUACACUACCUGAAGGAGCUUCAGCUGCCACUGAGGAAGGAAUGAGUAGUGACAGUGACAUUGAAUGUGACACUGAGAAUGAGGAGCAGGAAGAACACACCAGCAUGGGUGGAUUUAAUGACUCAUUCAUGACCCAGGCCCCGGAUGAAGAUUCACAUUCCAGUUUUCCUGAUGGCGAGCAAAUAGACUCUGAAAACCUGCACUUCAGCACUGAUGAAGUCAGCGGAAGGUAACUUCCACAUCAAGACAACCAAGUCACAAGCCACCUUGGCCCUGAAAUUUGUUGAAGUUGGUGCUCAAGGUUGUCAUCAGUCAAUAAUCAGACUUAGUCUCAUUUUUUCAUCAUCUCCCCCUGAAAUAGUAGUUCAGAAGCUGUUAGAAAGUACAUGAUUCUAAUGUAAGACAGUAGUACAUAGGAGAAAAGUGUGGGAAGAGUUUUUUCUAAUGUAAUGAAAUAACAGUACAGUGCUCAAUUAAUUUAGCAAAUUAGUACAUGAACAAAAAAACAUUGGUCUCAUGUAACAGAAAGCCAAUUAAGUGCCAGAAAACGUACCUAGAGGCAAUGCAUGCACUCAGCAGUGCUCUUUGUCUUUGGCUAGACACAAGGUUGUGUUUAAAUGAUGUUUUUAGUUUUAAUUAGCUUAUGAUUUAAUUAGGGCUUGAAUAUUAGUGAAUGUAAAAAUUACUAAGAAGGCCAGUGCAUGGUGGCACACACCUUUAUUCCCAGCACUUGGGAGGCAGAGGUAGAAGAAAUGCUAUGAAUUGGAGGCCACCCUGAGACUACACAGUGAAUUCCAGGUCAGCCAGGGCUAGAGCCAGACCCUUCCUUGAAAAACAAAGUAAAAAAAAAAAAAAAUUACUUAGAGGAUGGGCAUCGUGGCAUACACCUUUAUUCACAGCACUCAGGAGGCAGAGGUAGGAGGCUCCUUAUGAGUUCGUGGUGACCCUGAGAUUACUAGUGAAUUCCAGGUCAGCCUGAGCUAGAGUGACACCCUACCUUGAAAAAAAAAAAGAAUUAGGAAUAGAUUCUCUUCUAUGGAUACUUUCUGUAAACAAUUCAAGUAACAUUAGGCUAAGUGUCAUU